AUGACCAAUAGACGAGACCUCAUCUUCAAAUUAGCCAAAGGCUUCUACAACAGAAACAAAAAUUGCUUUCGGAUUGCAAGAAAUAGAGUAGAGCACGGCCUUGAACAUGCUUAUCGUGGAAGAAAGGAAAAGAAGAGAACACUUGGUAGUAUUUGGAUACAAAAUAUCAAAGCAGCCACUGAAGUUCAUGGCGUCAAAUAUUCUCAAUUUAUGUAUGGAUUGGUAAUGAGCGGAACACAAAUUAAUCGUAAAAUGCUUGCAGAGUUAGCCCAAACUGAACCUCUUACGUUCCGUUCAAUUGUGGCAUUGUCAGUACAGGCCCGUAAAGAUUUCGCUUCAGAGUUUGGUAAAAAGAAAGCUGAAGUUACUAAACUUCCAUUUGAAAUUGAUUUCCCACCUGAAGCCGACAUAUCAUAUCAAGGAAAUACUGAAGUAUCUCGUUUAACGCAACACUUGUCAAGAGUAUUCUCAGACCUAGUAGCUAAAGAAUAUGACGAAGAUAGAAUUUAUCAAGAAAAACUCGAAAAAGACAUUAAGGACAAGAAAGCCAAGGUCACAGGAGAGCCAAUUAUUGUAUAG